AUGACGUCCCCGCUGCCGCCCACGCCGGUGCUGCUGGCGGAGCGGGUGCCGGUGCUGCUGUCGUGCGCGCUGUCCUGCGCGGGCUCGGCGCUCCUGCUCUGCUCCCAGGCGCUCUGGCCGGAGCUGCGGACGCGCCCGCGGCAGCUGCUGCUGCACCUGAGCCUGGCCGACCUGCUGUCCGCCCUCUCCUACUUCUACGGCGUGCUCAGGGACUUCCAGGGCACUUCGUGGGACUGCGUCCUGCAGGGAGCCCUGUCCACCUUCGCCAACACCAGCUCCUUCUUCUGGACCAUGGCCAUCGCCCUCUACCUGUACCUGAGCAUCGUCAGGGGCUCCCCCGCGGGCCAGGGCUUGCUCUGGGGCUUCCACGCUGUCAGUUUCAAACAGCAUCGUUUGGCAGAUGGUUGCAGCAGAGCUGAGUCCAGCUGGGGUGUCCCCCUGGCCAUCACGGUGGCUGCUGUGGCUCUCAGGAAGAUCGGCUACGACGCCUCCAACGUCUCCGUGGGCUGGUGCUGGGUCAACCUGGACGCCGAGGAUCGGCUGCUGUGGAUGCUGCUGGCAGGAAAGCUCUGGGAGAUCCUGGCCUAUGUCACCCUGCCGGUGCUCUACCUCCUCAUCAGGAAGCACAUUAGCAGGGCUCACGCUGCCCUCUCCGAGUACCGCCCCAUCCUGCCCGCAGCCCCUGCCCUGCGGCCCCGCACCAGCGUGGCGGACAAGAAGCUGAUCCUCAUCCCCCUCAUCUUCAUCUUCCUCCGCAUCUGGAGCACGGUGCGCUUCGUGCUGACCCUGUGCGACUCCCCAGCCGUGCAGAACCCCGUCCUGGUCGUGCUGCACGGGAUCGGGAACACCUUCCAAGGAGGAGCCAACUGCAUCCUGUUCGUGCUGUGCACCCGGGCCGUGCGGGGCCGCCUGCUGGCCCUGCUCUGCUUGUGA